AUGUCUUCCCGUACUACCGCAAACGGCCAGCUGCCCUCCGGCGUGUCCGCGAACAGCUCUACGGGUAGACCACAAACUGCACAGGGAGCCCAACCACAAUCAACCGCACGGCAACCAACCCUGAUGCAGACAGGAACAAGCGGCCGCCCAGCUCCUGACCCCACGACGUCAUCAUCCACCUCCGCUUCUCAAGGCCCCUCGAACGCAGAUAACAGGUCAACAGCCUCGGCGGCCGCCACAGAAGCCAGGCCUCCCAGCAGACCCAGCACGGCAAGCACCGCGAGCACUAUGGUCCGGCACAGCUCCUUCAUGCCCAAAGAACGUGCAGCCAAGCUCAGCGGAGAGGGGGAGAACAGGGCACGUCAGGCAGCUAUUUUUCAGGACGCAUUGAACAAGUACAAAGGGUCGAUUGAUGCAGAAGCUAAGGCCAAAGCGGCCUACGCGGCUCACGGGAAGCGUGUAGAGAACGACCCUUGUAUGAUGGGCCGAGAUUGGCACAGCGCGGGGCUCGAGGCCGCUGAGCUCGCGAAUACAUGGGAAAAGGCCGCAAAUAGUGCUCGUUUUCUACAUGAGGCACUCAGACGCGCGACUGAAUAG